GUCGAACAAAAGAUAGAAGACCGGUGCGCGGGCGCAGUUGAUCCAUUGCUCUCUUGUACGUCGUUGAGUGAACUUGCUUUCGGCACUGGAUACUAUCGCGUGAUUUUUUAUUUGUUAAAAAUAAAAAAUGACGACCGCGAGCGUCUUGCUCACCGUGAGCACUACGUGGACCGCCAACAACGAUGUCUGUGAGAAAGACGAGCGCGUGGGCCGGUCCGGCAGAAAUAUAGCAGCAGUGGCAGCAAGAGAACUAAGAGAAACACCAGCAACUAAAGAACAAGCUAUACGAAUUAUGCGCGAUUGGAUACAACAGAAUAAUGAUAUUAAAAAUGUUAGACAAGAUGAAUCAUUCUUACUACGUUUUCUUCGUCACAAGAAAUACAGCGUGCCAAUGGCUCAGCAAACACUCUUGAAAUAUUUGAACUUGAGAAAGUUUUAUCCCAACAUAUUCACUAAUUUAGACUGCGAAGAUCCUAAAGUAAAGGAGAUUCUAAGUAAUGGGUACAUAGUUGUUUCGCCGCUUCGAGACAGCAAGGGUCGUCGGGUCAUCGUUUACAACAUGGGCAAAUUCGACGCGUCAAAAUUCGGCUGUUGGGACAUGUGUCGCGCUCAUAUGGUUGUUUAUGAAACCUUGAUGGAAGAGCCGACGGACCAGAUUUUCGGUUUCACACACGUGGGCGAUGGUAGCGGAUCGACGACUGCUCACGUGACCACUUGGAAUCCCAUAGACUUUGCGCGUCUUAUAAAGUGGGGCGAACAAUCAAUCCCAAUGCGUCACAAAGAGUUCCAGCUCAUAAAUGUUCCGGUCGCCCUCAAGUAUAUCAUUGACUUUGCGAAGACAAAAGUCUCCACAAAAAUUAAAGAAAGAUUACACACUCACACAAAUAUAAAGAACCUUCAAAACGAAGUAGACGUUUCGUGUCUACCGACGUCUUAUGGCGGUCACAUACCCUUGCAAGAAAUGAUCGAAUACACAAGAGAUCUGAUGCUGGAGAAAAGACAGAUUCUACUCUCUUUAGACGAGAUGGAAAUGAUUAACGCAUCUGGAAUAAUAUCUUCACGGAACCCAUCAAAGGUCAUUAAAGGAGACAGCGUGUCAGUCGAAGGCAGUUUUAGAAAAUUAGAAAUAGAUUAACUGUGAUGUAUCGAUUUAGAUUAAACUAGAAUACUAAGCAUUUACGUAAUGUAUAUAGUUUAAGGAAUAAAGGAUUUAAAUAUAAAUACCGUGUCUGGUGGUAGCUGUAAAUGUGCUGUCUUAUUAAUCAUCGACUGUUAUAUUAGCAUAUAAGGAUUACUACAGGAAAUGAAACCAUUAUCAAUUGUUUUAUCUGUACAAUAACGGCCGCGCUUAUAAACGUUGUUUAGUUGCAACACUGAUUUAUCACUUUCUGUCACCAUUGAUUUGAUAUAAGAAAGAAGAAGACAAACAUUGUUCAACUAAUCACCCCCUAAACAACAUUUAUAGGUAAAAUCGUAUAACACUUAAAAAUAAUAUUAAAAUAUAAUAAUUUUGAUAUAUCCAGCUGUCAUUUAUUAUUAAAAUAUGAAACAAAGGCAGCUCGACACAAGUAUUAGUAAGGUAUAUUGUUUUUGUUUUACUGUUCUAAACGACGUUUAUAGUUAAAAUGUUGCUUAGAAUGUUAUGAGUUAUGACAUUGUGGUUACAUCUUUAUAAUGUCGAAUCGAUGCGUGUGUGUGAAAUAAUGAAUACUUACCGUUUAAAAUUACGAAUAUCAUUAAGUUGAUUUGCCUUAAAAACAGCACGUUUGUCGUCGGUCACGUUGUAACAUAGGAAUGUUAUCUUUCUUAUUAUUUUCAGUUCGAUGUAUCGAAUUCGUUAUAGGUGGUAAAUUAAUUUCUAUGAUUUGUCUUAAAAUUUGAUUUGAGAAAAUAUAAUUGUUUUUGUUCAUUCGAUGUAGUAAUGUAUAAAUAAAUUUUGUUUGGUUAUAACUAUUGGAUAUCUCAAAUGUUAUAAUAAAUAUCUACAAACUCACAAGUAUGUGUUUUUAACAAUUAACGUUCAAGAAAUCAGUGGUUUCCGUGUGUAUGCGUUAUAAAAAAUAUUAUUUUAUUUAAUGCAUUGCAACAAAAAUAUUAAAAUUUAUUUUUAUUCUUAGCACCCAAAAGUCUUGUCAGCUUGUUUGAGUGCCGACACGGUCUUUGAAUAUAUGCUUAAACAUAUUUUUAUUAAUCAUACAAUAAAACCACUAAUUAUGGCAAAUAAUUAAAUACAUGCGAUUUAACUAUUGUUUAAAUG